AUGUACUCGCUCCGCCGGCUGCUCUCUCCCAACUACGCCGUCAUCCCCAUCGGCGAGGGCGUGCUCCUGCGGGAGCCGUGGUCGCCGACGUGCGCGCUGCUCGUCAUUCCCGGUGGCGGCGACCUUGGCUACUGCCGCGUGCUCAACGGCGAGGGCAACCGGCGCAUCGCCGAAUUCGUCCGCCGCGGCGGCGCCUACCUCGGCCUCUGCGCCGGCGGCUACUACGCGUCCCGCCGUUGCGAAUUUGAGGUCGGCAACCCGCCCAUGGAGGUCGUCGGCAGCCGCGAGCUCGCGUUCUUCCCGGGCACCUGCCGCGGCGGCGCCUUCAAGGGUUUCGAGUACGCGAGCGAGCGUGGCGCGCGCGCUGCCCGGCUGCGCCUCUCGGAGGAUGUGGUCAAGGACAAGUUGCCGGCUGAGAUGGCCUGCUACUACAACGGGGGUGGCGUCUUUGUGGACGCGGAGCAGCUGCAGGGAAAGAAGGUACAUGUGCUGGCGUCGUACUGCGACGAGCUGGACGUUGAUGGCGGCCGGGCCGCCGUUGUCCAGUGCAGAGUCGGCGAGGGCAAUGUGAUCCUCUGCGGCACCCAUCCAGAAUUCGCCGCCGAGAACCUCCAUCGCCAGCCCGACGUCCCCGGCUACGACGAGCUCAUCGCAAGCCUCGCGCGUGACGAGCGUACGCGGUCCGGCUUCCUGGCCCUGUGCCUCGAGCGCCUCAGUCUCGAGGUCAACGAUCACGGGGCCGCGCCGCCCGCGCUCACCAGCCUCCACCUGUCCGCCGCGGACAGCGGCACGGUCAGUGAGCUCCUGUAUGCCUGGCGAGACGUCGUUGACAGGGAGCACGGGCAAGACCUCCUCCGGGGCGAGGCCGACACGUUCCGAAUCCGCAGCCAGGAGGGUGCCUGGAACCUCAAAGAUUUAAGAGAGGCUCUGCCGGAUGCUGCGGCUGCUGCGGCUACAGAACUCGACGCGCAUGGCGUGCCCGACUACAAGGCCGUCACAAAGGAUAUCGUGGCCCAUGAGCAGCAGCUGCCAGAUGAGAAGCUUACGCCGCGUUUCAACCACAGGCUCUUCUUUUCGAGCCUGCAGCAGAUUCAGUCCGUCGAGAACGACGCCCGCGCAUGGGGCAACGCUCUUCUGUACGGUGACGUUGUCACGAGCACCAAUGUCCUUCUUGAAAAGAACCCUAAGCUUAUUGCGAAGCUGCCGUCGGGCUUUACAUUCACAGCCUCCACGCAGCUUGCUGGCCGCGGCCGCGGAACCAACGUCUGGCUCGCGCCGCCCGGCUCUCUUCUCUUCUCCGUCAUCAUCAACCACCCCGCCAACCUCGCCGCGUCCCGGCCCGUCGUCUUCAUCCAGUACAUUGCCGCCAUCGCCGUCGUCGAAGCGAUCCAGUCGUACGGUCGCGGCUACGAGAAUCUCCAGGUCAAGCUCAAAUGGCCCAACGACAUCUAUGCGCUGGACCCGAGCAAGCCCCCAUCGGAAAGGUCGUUUGUCAAGAUUGGCGGCAUCCUCUCGCAGUGCGGCUACUACGACGGCAGUUACCAGAUCAUCCUGGGCAUCGGCAUCAACGCCGUGAACCCGCGCCCCACGACGUCCAUCUCGGACAUGCUCGGCGAGGGCGCGGCGCCGCUGCACCUCGAGACGCUGCUCGCGCGCAUCCUGGCGCGCGCCGAGGCCGUGUACGCGCAGUUCCGCCGCGAGGGCUUCUCCAGGAACCUCGAGUCGCGGUACUACAACCACUGGCUGCACACGGGCCAGGAGAUCACGCUCGAGGCCGAGGCGGGCACGCGCGCGAGGGUGCUCGGCAUCACGCGCGACUGGGGCAUGCUCCGCGUCGAGGAGACGGACAGGGAUGGGCGGGGGACCGGUCGCAUAUGGUCGCUGCAGAGCGACGAGAACAGCUUCGACUACUGGAAGGGUCUCGUACGAAGAAAAGAGUAG